GGGCUGUUUCUGUGCUCUGCUUCUUACAUGUGUCAUUGCAAAUUGGUGUGGGUAAUGGGUAGGACAUGCGUGUGAAGUAUUUUGUUCAGCUGUUAACAUUUUUCAGUGCCCUUGUGCCAUAUGGAUUAAAUUGUUCAGAGUCAUGUAGCAACACUACUCUCAACAUUUGGCUGGGCUCGGAGGUCUUGCUCCCAUGCAGCCUUUUGAAAAGUGGAAAAACCGAAGAAGUCAGGUGGAGCCAAACUUCCAGCCUUCUGAGCAUCGGGUCUUCUGGAAAUGUCACCUUUGAGGAUCCUAGGGAUGGCAGAUUGACAGCAUUCCCCAUCCUGUUUGACAGAGGAAACUUUUCCAUCCUCAUUCAUCAGUUUCAGGCCUCUGACGUAGGCAUCUACUGCUGUCGGCUGAGCCACGAGUGCCAGAGAGUCGAAAUAAAGCUCUCGCAAAGUUCAGAAAGUCACAAAGGAGGCUUGAAUUUCCCAUGGUAUUACAUUGCUGCAGGAGUUGGAAUAUUUAUUCUGCUUGUGACUGUAUUUUGUCUUAUCUACAAAUUCAGAGGAAAGUGUCUAAAAAGUGCAUCUGAUUCUUAUUACGUCAACCAAGAACAAAGGGAGGCAGAACAUAGAGAUCGUGUUGACAGCACCAAGGUUGAUGAGUGUGAUGGUGAGUAUGAAGAUAUAGAGAGUGAUACACACGGGGCGGAUUAUGAAAACGCACCAGGAGAAGAUACAGUGAGGGAAGAGCAGGACGAAGAUUAUGUAAACACUGAGAGAAGAAAUGGUCAUGAUCAGUAUUAUGAUACUGACAGAGAGUACCCUGCUGAACACCAUGUGGAGAGAGAUAUGCAAGGUUACCAUGACAGUGAUGUCUAUGAAAAUGAUGAGCACAUUCCCAAACAAAAGUCAAAAUUCCCCCCAAAAGCAGCAGCAUUCAGAAAAAUGCCAAAUCAGCAGCCAGGUUCAGUAGGACUGUACUAUGCCAAUGAGUCAGAGAUAGACAAGUCUCGCUGUGCUAGGAACAGAAACAAAGACAAAGCAGAAUAUCAAUUCAAAAAUCCAUUAUAUGACCGAACUCCAGCAAACAAUAAAUAAACAAUCAUCUUCCAACUCACUGAAAACAUGCCUGUUUAAGUUUAUGUACUGUAAUAUUCUGUAAUGGUAUUGUUCCACUGGAUUUGUGACUUAAUAAGAAAAUAGUCUAAAUGGGUACAUGGUUCUGGUUUAUACUGCAUAAAGAUGUCUGAGGUCAUGUAUGAGUGUGAUUUCUUUCAUUGUUUAUCAGGCUUAAUCAUCAUCAGUUAUAUACUUUUGAGAUAUUUUUUCUUGUGAAGAUAAAUCAAUAAAUAGGUCCUUAACUCUUUCUUUUGAGUCUGAUGAUUUUGUGCUGAGUUUCUGAUUAAUGCAGUAUUUAUGAAGCUAAAAAGUUUUCCUCUGAGGCUCGUUUUUAGAUCUAUGAGGCCUUCUGCCUUCAGCAUGCACGUCUGCUAGAGAGAGAAUGUUCUUCAAAUUAUCACAAGUCGAACGAUUUUCAUUGUAUGUCAUUUUGUUUUUGUAAAAACCAUUAGAUUAGAGAUGCAGUUCAACCUAAUCAAGGUUACACGGACCCAGGCCAGUGGGAAGAUAGAGAGAAGCUGCAACAGAAGAUACCUGGGUGACAGUCAGAGAAAAGCUCUUAUGGCUUAGUGAUUUUUACUGAAAUAAUAUUAUACAGCACAACCUUGUAUUAUUUUAAUAAAUCUAAAUAAGGGAUUUUGUGCAUUUUUUUUUGGACCGAUUAUUUAUUUAUUUUAAAGAUUUUAAACUUCUUUUUUUUUUUUUUUUUAGUUAACUAAAACAAUUUAACAAACCAAAAACUACACUUGUUUGGUUGGAUCAAUACAGUUAUGGAUUAAUUAAAUGUGUAUAUACACCA